GUAGCCCUGGCUGUCCUGGAACUCACUCUGUAGACCAGGCUGGCCUCGAACUCAGAAAUCCGCCUGCCUCUGCCUCCCAAGUGCUGGGAUUAAAAGCGUGUGCCACCACCGCCCGGCCAACCUGAGUCUUAAGGGGAUUCCAAACCCUUCUUUCCCUGUGGUUUGUAGAACCCGAACUACUAAUUUUCAGAAGCCUGAAGAGACAGAACGCUGCGGGGAGAAGCCCUGCCUUGGGAACUUGAGAGGGCCAAGUCACACUUCAGGUUGAGUGCGGGCCACACCUGAGAGGUGGAAGGCCAGGUGAGCAGGCCGAGGGACUGACUUCCGGAAGGCAUGGUGGCCUUGAAGUCUAGCGAGAGCAGACCAGAACCAGUUAACUGCUUUGCCUUUGGGACCCAAGAGGGAAGCCACCAGCAGCUGCGAGCUGACAGUGCCACUGGAUCCCGCAACCUGGAAGAUCUAAGGCGGCUGGCUCCCCGGCCCCGCCCCCAGGCCUUUGACCCUUUCCUAGUCCCUCCCCUGUCCUCUAGAGACACCUUUGACCGGUGAUAUCAUUGGGUCUGUCCCAGCGUGGACCCGGCCCGAGGCUGAGGCUCGAUUCCUGGAGGCUGCCAUGUUCUCCCUGCCUUCUCUCUCCUCCUGGCUCCCCAGCCUCCCUUCCUUUGAGUGGGGUUCCAGUCUCUUCGACAGCCUCCUGCAAGGCUUGAUCGGGGCCCUUGGAGUCUCGGUUCUCAACAAUCUCCUGAAAGUUUACUUCUUCGUGGCCUGUGUCAAUGACCCCCAGCGGCAGCCCCAAAAGCAGCGGCUGCGAGCGCAAUGGGCCUCGUUGGAGAUGGUGCAUCUGGCUGGUCUGGCCCUGUUCCUGACCGUGAUAGGGGCCCGGGUAGCCGCCCUCGUGGUCUUGGAGUUCUCCCUCCGGGCUGUAUCCACGCUGCUGUCUCUGGGCGAGGGCUCCGGGGAAAAGGAACGGCUCCAGCUCUUCCUGGUGUGUCACUUCUCCCUGGGCUGUGGGCUAAGCUGUGGCCUGAGUUUCCUACAGGAAGGUGCCCCACACCGCUCCCUGAACCUGCUGCUGAGCCUGGGGCUGGCUGCACUCCUUGCCCUGGGUGCCCGGCGCCUGACCCGCCACAUCUGCAGCCUCUAUGAACUGCACAGCAGCCAGCGCUACUGUGGGGUCUGCUUGGGCCUGCUGGCCAGCCAGCACGGCAUGCCCAGGCUCCUGGGCCGCGCUCUGACAGUGGCCUUUGCUGUGAGUGAUCUGGCGGCUGUGGCCCUCAUCAACAAGGACUUCCUGAGCUCAUCAGAGGCUCUGCGAUUCUGGACCCCGCUCACCAUCUGUUACACACUGUUGGUCAUCUACAUGCAGGAGGAGCAGCGGCAGCAUCGCUUCAGCCUACAGGGCCAGGUCCAGACGGUACUGGUGCGCAUGGGUGGUCUCUUCCUUCUGCUGAUGACCGUGGGCCGCUGGCUGGAUCUCCUGGGUAUCUUUUUCUCCCUUUUGGGUGAGCUGUGGUGCUUAGCCGGUAUUCGCGCCUUAAUCGACCUCUGCCAGAUACAGGGCUUUCCACCCCAGAGGCCUACAGUAACAGCAGCAGUAAUAGCAGGAGGAGAAUCAGAACGGACAGAUCCAUGCGAGUCCCAGCCUUCCACACCUGCCCCAGCCAGAAGCGCGGUCCCCUCCUGACUCGCCCUGUGGAGGACGUGGAGUCAGUUUCAGGCCUGCACAGGCUAACCAGCAAGGUCUCGACCACACGAUGUGGCUUGAAGACUGAGUGGCAGAGCUGGUCCCCACCUAGAUGUUCAGGCAGGCCAUGGUGGGGCUCUGGAGAAAGGGAGUGGCCAGGGCUGGGGACCUAGAGAGGCGGGGACAUGAAGGCCUCAGAGUGAAUCCUUCUCUCUUGAAGAUGGGCUGUUUCAGCAGAUCCACUUUUCUUGGCUGGGCAAGAGGACAAUUGUGACCUCAGAAUGGCCCCUGCCCGCUGGCCACUCCUCCCCCACCUUGCUCUCACUGAAGACAAUAAAGGUGACUUUUCUCAA